CGCAGCGCGUGGCGCCGGGACGCUGCGUGGGUUCCUGCAAGUGAGGAUCUUGUUUUUGGCAGCGAGGGCGCGGCUCUGGCGGCUCUGGUUCGCUUGAUGUGGGGUGGGCGGCAUCUCGAGGCCCACAUGAGCCAGGGACGUCAUGCCCGCAAUUGUCGGGGCCUGGGACACAACCCUUCCGGACGUUCCUCAGGCAAGAAGAGGGGUAAAAACAGCAUUCCGGAAAGAUGGAAUGACUAUCUCCCAGUUGGACAGCGGAUGCCUGGGACUCGUUUCAUAGCCUUCAAAGUUCCUUUGCAAAAGAGUUUUGAAAAGAAGCUUGCUCCAGAAGAAUACUUUUCCCCUUUGGAUCUUCUUAACAAGAUCCGUGAACAAAAUGAAGAACUUGGGCUGAUUAUUGAUUUAACAUAUACUCAGCGCUAUUAUAAGCCAGAGGACUUGCCAGAAACUGUUUCUUACUUAAAAAUUUCUACAGUUGGGCAUCAGGUUCCUGAUGAUAACACUAUUGUUAAAUUCAAACGUGCUGUUAAUGGAUUUGUGAAAGAAAAUAAAGACAAUGACAAGCUUAUCGGUGUCCACUGUACUCAUGGCUUAAACAGGACUGGCUACCUCAUCUGCAGAUAUUUGAUUGAUGUACAAGGCAUGAGGCCAGAUGAUGCAAUUGAAUUGUUCAAUAGGUGUCGGGGACAUUGUUUAGAAAGGCAGAAUUACAUUGAAGAUUUGCAGCAUGGUCCUAUUAGAAAGGGUCAAAAUUCCAGAGUAUCCAGAUCAAGUGGUUUUGAAGGUUCAGCACGUCUCAUGCACCCAACCCACACCGCUAAUAAGGCUGUUCACCAAGGUUAUAGACAUAACCAGCAUUGGAGCCGUGGCGACCUGGCACACUCUCAGUGCAUCCGUAACCACACCUCAGACUUUGAACAUCCAGUCAGGAAAUUUUCACAAAGUCAGGUUUACCAGAGAAGCCACCUGCCUCCUCCUGGUCCCCCUGAAGAGGACUAUUCCCAGAAGAGAUACACUUGGAAAGUGAAGUCAAAUGGCGGUAGGGAAACACACAGCGGAAGGUGGCAUUCGGACCCGUACCGCACAGUGUCCUACCCGGCCUGCUGGGGGUGGGCCGAGUGACAGACUUGCCUGGGAAACCUCUUGCAGACCACAGCUGGACCACUGCGAAUUCAAGGGACUCUGAAUUAAAUGAGCUCAAACAGGGGUUUUUAAAUCUGUUUUAUCAUUCCCUUAUGUGUUCAAGCUCAAAGAAUUAUAAUUACCUCUUUGCAGAUACAUUUGCCAUAAUUUCACCAGUGCAGGAAAAGAGUCUGUCAUUCCAGUGUUAAAUUUUUCUAAGGAAAGAAAUUUUGGAAUUAUAAAAUACUAAUAACUUCCCUUACAAAUUAUUUUUUUAAAUUAUAUCUGACUUUUGUAUGUAUUUUCUUUUGAUUAAAUAUGAUAUGAGCGUGUAUGGAAAUGCACAGAAAAUUUUAAGUGUUAUUAUGUGCUACUAUUGACCUAGACAUUUUAGGUGUUUUUUUGUU